AUGCAGCAGAUGGGCAAGGACAAUUACAGUUGGGCUUCAACAAUUACUUCAUCUAUGGACAGAAAGCAAAGCACUGUAACACCUCCUGCAGAAGUGCCCCCUGAGGUGACCCUGGUUCAAACUGAGAAUGGAACUACAGUGUGCAAGGCAGUUGCAGGGAAACCAGCUGCACAGAUCUCCUGGACCCCAGAGGGAGAUUGUGGCAUUGAGCAAAAACAUCACUGGGGCAAUGGCACAGUGACCAUCCAGAGUACAUGCUACUGGGAGGGCCGCCAUGUACCUAAUGUGUCCUGCUCUGUCUCCCACUUGACUGGCAACAAGAGUCUGUCCAUAGAGCUGGAUCAAGUGGAUGCCAAAACAUCAGCACCUUUAAGAAUUUUACGUAUCGUCCCCCCUAUUUUUAUUAUCUUGGUCAUCGUUGGAUCCAUUUGGCUUUUGAAAAUCAGUGGCUGCAGAAAAUGUAAAUUGAAAAAAACAGAACAUACUUCAGUUGUUGAGGAGGAUGAAAUGCAGCCCUAUGCCAGCUACACAGAGAAGAACAAUCCACUUUAUGAUACUACAAACAGGGUGAAGAUGUCUAAGGUGUUACAGAGUGAAGUUGAUGGGAUGAGUCUCCAUACUGUAUAUGUUCCUGAAGUGUAG